AUGCCUUUCCGGAUUAGGCUUUUGAGAGAGAGUUUUGAUCCGAAGUUGAGUAAAUUUACAGGGAGGGAAAGAGACACGAACGCUGUGGGGAGACAGAGAUCUGGUACAUUGGCGGUGCAUCACCAGCGACAGCAUUCCGACAACUCCGUAGAGGCCUCUUCCAAUGGCCGAUGGCUACAAUCAACUGGUCUUCAACACCUUCAGUCCUCAAAUAACACUGUUCCUUCUCCACAGGGCUUUGAUCACUAUGGUGGAGGAGGUCAGGGUAUGAGAAUGUAUAGGAAUUCGCAGAGGAUUUCUAGUGGAGGGAGUGACUUUUUCACUGAGCCAUUGAUGCCGCCGGCAAUGUCAAACCGUAGGAAGAAUGCUGAGGAACAAGCGUCUCUGAAUGAGUUCAGUCAUGGACUCUUGGAUCUACACUCUUUCGAUUCUGAGCUUCUACCUGAGGUGCCAGUUCCUGGUCUGUAUGAUGCCCCUUCCACCCAUCAUUUUGGUUGGGGAAGAAGCUUUGAUGAAUCUGAACCAUACUAUGAGAAUAACAAACCAACUGGCAGGGUUCUUGGUUUGCAAGAGAACAAUCCUUUCAAAAAUUCUGCUCCAGAUAAAGAGAAGGCCAGCAAUGUUGCAAAGAUCAAAGUGGUGGUGCCAGUUCCUGGUCUGUAUGAUGCCCCUUCCACCCAUCAUUUUGGUUGGGGAAGAAGCUUUGAUGAAUCUGAACCAUACUAUGAGAAUAACAAACCAACUGGCAGGGUUCUUGGUUUGCAAGAGAACAAUCCUUUCAAAAAUUCUGCUCCAGAUAAAGAGAAGGCCAGCAAUGUUGCAAAGAUCAAAGUGGUGGUGCGCAAGAGACCUCUAAACAAAAAGGAGUUGGUGAAGAAUGAAGAGGAUAUCGUAGAGACACAUUUCAAUUCUCUAACGGUCAAUGAGACUAAACUUAAGGUGCGCAAGAGACCUCUAAACAAAAAGGAGUUGGUGAAGAAUGAAGAGGAUAUCGUAGAGACACAUUUCAAUUCUCUAACGGUCAAUGAGACUAAACUUAAGGUUGAUCUAACAGAGUAUGUGGAGAAGCAUGAAUUUGUUUUUGAUGCUGUGCUGAAUGAGGAGGUUUCAAAUGAUGAGGUAUAUCGUGAAACUGUGGAGCCCAUAGUUCCAAUUAUUUUUCAACGCACCAAGGCAACUUGCUUUGCAUAUGGGCAAACAGGGAGUGGAAAAACUUACACUAUGAAACCACUACCCCUUAAAGCAUCACGGGAUAUUUUGAGACUUAUGCACCAUACUUACCGGAACCAAGGCUUUCAAUUAUUUGUCAGCUUCUUUGAGAUAUAUGGAGGAAAACUCUUUGAUCUCCUCAACGAGCGGACAAAACUUUGCAUGAGAGAGGAUGGUAAACAGCAAGUUUGCAUUGUGGGUUUGCAGGAGUACAGAGUAUCUGAGGUGGACACAAUUGAAGAGUUUAUUGAGAAAGGAAAUGCUACAAGAAGUAUAGGCACGACUGGUGCAAAUGAGGAAUCCUCCCGAUCACAUGCCAUACUUCAGCUUGUUAUUAAGAGGUUAGCUGAUGGUAGUGUAUCUAAGCCUCGAGUUGUUGGCAAGCUCUCCUUCAUAGACCUUGCUGGAAGUGAACGCGGUGCAGAUACUACAGACACCAAUAAGCAGACAAGAAUGGAAGGUGCUGAGAUCAAUAAAAGCUUGCUUGCUUUAAAGGAAUGCAUACGAGCUCUUGACAAUGACCAGGGUCAUAUCCCUUUCAGAGGCAGUAAAUUAACUGAAGUUCUGAGGGAUUCAUUUGUUGGAGAUUCACGGACUGUUAUGAUAUCUUGCAUUUCCCCAAGUUCAGGAUCAUGUGAACAUACUCUUAACACAUUAAGAUAUGCUGACAGGGUGAAGAGCCUUUCUAAAGGGAACAACUCCAAAAAAGACAUCUUGAAGGAAUCAACAACAUUACCCUUAUCUUCGGUUUUACCACCUGCAUCAACUUUUGAAGAUGACAUAGCUGAUUCAUGGCCUGAACAAACUGAUAGAGAGGAAUAUGAUGCAUCAGAAGAGUUCUAUGCGCAAGAGAAUCGAUCAUGGAAAAAUGGAAAACUUGAAGCAUAUAGUCUCGCAAAUAUGGAUGGUAAAAUGAAAAGAGACAAUGGCCAGACAAAAUGGAAGGACCCUAAAAAAUUUGUUUCAAAACAUUCACACUCUGAUGAUGAUUUGAAUGCCCUGUUAAAGGAAGAGGAAGAUCUUGUGAAUGCUCACCGGAAAGAAGUGGAGGAGAUGAUGGAUAUUGUGGGACAGGAGAUGGACCUGUUGUUUGAGGCAGAUCAACCAGGAAAUCAACUGGAUGAUUAUGUCUCUAGAUUGAACACAAUCCUAUCCCUGAAGGCAAAAAGCAUCCUACUACUACAAAACUGCCUGACUCGUUUUCAAAGUCGUCUAAAGGAGCAUAACGUUCUAGUUUCUGCUUCUGGUCGUUGAGUUGUGUAUGGAAAAGUGCGUAUGGAAGUCCGAUGUAAGUAAUGGGCAGGGUGUUCAAAUUUCCGAUUAGCCAUAAUUUUAUGCUUAUUCGACUCUAUUGAAUGGCUAGUCAAAAAAAUCGGGUAGAAAAAUAGAAGAAUUUUUGGUUUUUCAA